AUGUCCACGCAGACAAUGGACGCUCAUGGCGAGCCGUCAAAUAAGAAGGCACGGUUGUCGCCUUCUUUCGACGACAUGGAUAUGCUCAACGGUUUGGACAAGAUGGACCCGAUGGGGCAACCCGAUCAGAACAUGAUCAAUUCAGCCAACGCGGGCGGCGGUGGAAUGAAUAUGAAUCAGGGAAAUGCCUAUCAGCCGGGGCCCCAUUCACAGAAUAGCUCCGGACCGACAUCCUCGGUUCUUCAAGAGCUACUACAGAAUCCCACAUCAACGGGGCCUCCAACUUCGAUGAAUUCACCGAGACCUCCUUACCAAGGGCAAGCUGGCGGUCCGGCUGCUUACCAACAGGCACCGAGGGACAGCCCAAUUGGACCAACAAUGAUGUCCCCACCAACUCAAGGACAACAAAUGGCCAACCGACCCGUAGCGCCAGUCGGCCCCUUGAGAACAGGCCCCGGCCCCGGACCUGGACCCGGUCAAAUGUACGCCCAAGACCAAAUGAUCCCUCCUGGUGGUCAACAAUACGCGCCGAUGAUGCAAGGACCAGGCCCUGGCAUGAGCUUCUACCAAGGGCCCGGCCCUGCCGGUCAACCCGGACCCCCGCGACAACAAAUGGGCCCCGGACAGUACCAACAAAUGCCGAGACAACAAGCCAUGGGCCGUGGAAUCCCGAUGCAACCCAUACACAACGGGAUGCCGCCACAGCAGAUGAGGGCACCGCCUGGCCAACGACAGAACAUGAUGAUGCAGCCGAUGCAAGGGAGACCAAUGCCCGGAAUGCCUCCACAACAAUUCGAUCAACAUCCGCAGUACAUGGGCCCUCGAGACCCGCAGUUCAUGCAACCGCCGGCGCAGCAUCAUCAAUUCAACGGAAUGGGAGGACAAAUGCCGCGUGGACAACCACCGCAGCACAACUAUGCACCCAAUGGCCCAAUGCCAAUGCAAAACCAACAGUAUCCGCCGAUGAGCCAGGGUGCACCCCAGCAAAUGCAACCAAUGAUGCAAAAUGGCCCUCCAACCCAACAACCCGGAAUGCCACAGCAUCCCAUGCAACAACAACAACCACCACCACCUGCACAAUCUCAACCCGGCGGCCCCAUGCCUGCCGCUCCACAAAACCUUGGCCCUCCUGGACCCCCACCAUCCGGUGGCCCUCAACCCAUCCAACCUGGUGGACCUAUGGAUCCCGAAAAGAGAAAACUCAUACAACAACAACUCGUCCUCUUGCUCCAUGCUCACAAGUGCCAGCAGCGACAAUCGACCUGCAAUCUGCCGCACUGCUCGACGAUGAAGGAGGUGCUCUUGCAUAUGACAUCUUGCAAUGCGGGAAGGAUGUGCAAUUUCCCACAUUGCGCUUCAUCUCGACAAAUAAUCGCUCAUUGGAAGAACUGCAGUCGUGACGAUUGCCCCGUUUGCAAACCGCUGAAGAACAUUCAAUCCAAUCAGAAUGCUCAGGGAGCAGCACCUGGAGGAGGUGAUGAAGUUUUCCCGAUGGAUGCCGGAUCAUCCUCGUCCUCAGCUGUUGGCCUAGCCCAGGGUAAUAUGCCAGGCGGUGUUGGAGCUGGCUUGGAUAUGCCCGACUUCGGUAGCGCAUCACAGAACGCCCAACAACUUCUACAUGACUACCCCGGACCCGGUGGCGGGCUGUUCGGCAGUGACAUCUUCCGUUCUCCCAACAACCCACCUCCGAACAAGAACAUCGGAAGUCAGAUCCCGGGCCACAAACUUCUGGAGCAGCAGCAGCGUCAGCAACAAGUUCCGCAGCAGGCGCAACCUAACAACGCUCCCCCAAUCAAAGAAUGGCAUCAACAAGUCACAAAAGACCUCCGAAACCACCUCGUCGGCAAAUUGGUGAAAGCCAUCUUCCCAAGCCCCGACCCAGCAGCAAUGCACGAUCAAAGAAUAAAAGACCUGAUCAGCUACGCGAGAAAAGUAGAGAAGGAGAUGUUCGAAAUGGCGGAAGAUCGCGAGGAAUACUAUCAUCUCUUGGCCGAGAAGAUCUACAAGAUCCAGAAGGAGCUCCAAGAAAAGAAGCAAAAACGGUUGAACGAACAGCAGGCAGCCCAGCUUCGUUGUGGUCAGAUGCCGGGUCCGGGACCAAGUGGCGGAGAUGCCGGUGGACCAUCAGGAUCGAGAGCCGGAAAUUCGCAGCAGUGGAAUCAGAACUACGCUGACUUGACAAGCGACUUCGAUAUGAAGCCUCAAGUCCCAGGUGGAGAUCAAAUGUCCGGAGGCGGUAUGAUGGGCAUGCCGGGCGGACAGCGACCGAAGCCGCUACACCAGGCUCAACAACCUCAGCAAGGUGUAUGGGCACCAUCAAGCGAUCCGGCUAGCAAUCAAAGCUCUCAACAAGGCUACGAUGUGAAGCCGGACUCCCAACAGGUCCAACACGUACAGGAUAUGCUCGAGAUGGAAUACCCAACAAAUGGAGCUCAAAUGAACGGCAAUGUCAACCAGAUCAAAAACGAGAUCAAGCAGGAAUUGCUAGCGGUGGAAGAUCGCCCUCAACAACCUCAAGCUCCCAAGCGCAAGCUGGAACCACCGCCAAGGGAAAUGACUUCCGAUCGGGAGCCAAGACCCUCCAAGCGCGAGUUGACACCCGGACCUGCGCGCGAAGAUGUGGUGUUCUCACCCGAUGAGCUUCGGAACCGUUUGCGUCCGGUCUGGGAGAAGAUGGAUCACAGCGACGAUGCUAUCCCCUUCAGGGUCCCGGUCGAUCCGGAGCUCUUAGGAAUUCCGGAUUAUCCGGAUAUUGUCAAACAUCCGAUGGAUCUCUCAACGAUCAGCCAAAAACUCGACCUCGGAGCAUACAAAAAUGCCUGGGAGUUCUGUGAUGAUAUGUGGCUGAUGCUGGAGAACGCGUGGCUUUACAACAGAAAGAACAGCAAGGUUUACAAGUUCGCCACCAAGAUGUGCGAGCAAUUCAUCGUGGAGAUGAACCCGGUGAUGAAGAAGAUGGGGUACUGUUGCGCUGAGCGAUUGGCCUUCACCGCCCUGCCCUUGUUCUGCUACGGUGCGACGCAGUGUAUUAUUGCUCGAGAUCAGCCUUACAUGUGUUUCGAGCGCAACAGCAACCAGUACGGCAUCCAAGUCUCCGAGAAAUUCACCUACUGCAUGAAAUGCUUUGAAACCAUGAUCCCAGCCGAGGGAAUGGCUCUAACCGACGAUCCGGAUACAGCCCGUGUUCCUAAGGAAGACUUCAAAGAGAUGAAGAACAACCUCAUCGACUACGAGCCGUUUGAGUAUUGCAAGCUUUGCUACCGGAAAUGGCAUCGCAUCUGUGCCCUUCACGAUAAGAAGGUCUUCCCGGAGGGCUUCAUCUGCCACAGUUGUCGCACGAAGGAAGGAAUGCCGAAGCCAGAAAACAAAUUCAUGGCUAAGAAGCUACCUCACAACCGGCUCAGCCAGCAUUUGGAGGAUCGUGUCAACACCUUCAUCAAACGUCGAAGCGCAGAGCUGAAGCUCAAAGAAGAAGCUGCUGAAGUCGUCAUCCGAACACUUUGCGUCCAAGACAAAGAAGUCGAGGUCAAGAAAGAGAUGAAAGAAAAGUACUGUCUCGGCCCGGAACAAUUCCCCGAAAAGUUCCCGUACCGCUCAAAGGCCGUCUUUGCCUAUGAAAUCAUUGAUGGCGUUGAAGUAUGCUUCUUUGGCCUUCACGUCCAGGAGUACGGUACCAAGUGCGGAAAGAGCAAUCAGAGACGAGUCUACAUCGCCUACCUCGACUCGGUAUACUACUUCCAACCCAAACAAUUGCGUACGGAUGUGUACCACGAGAUUUUGCUUGGAUACUUGGAUUAUGCAAAACGUCUCGGGUACUCAAUGGCACAUAUCUGGGCGUGUCCUCCAUCUGAAGGCGAUGAUUACAUCUUCCAUUGCCAUCCGCCAGACCAGAAAAUCCCGAAGCCAAAGAGACUUCAAGAUUGGUAUCGAAAGAUGUUGGAGAAAGGAGUGGAAGAAGGAUGCGUCGUGGACUUCAAAGACAUCUACAAAACGGCCAAGGACAACAACAUGCUCACCCCCACCGAACUUCCUUACUUCGAAGGCGAUUUCUGGCCGGGAGUCAUUGAAGAAUGCAUCCGUGAAGUGAAGAGUGAAGAAGCAGCCCGAAAAGAGGAUGUCGAUGAUGGCGAUGACUCAAACGGCAUCGGAGAUGGGAAAAAGAAGACGAAAAAGAACACGAAAAAGAAGAACACCAAGAUGAACAAGAAGAAGGGCGCCACGUCGACUGGCAAUGAAGUCACCGACAAGCUGUUCUCCCAUCUCGAAAAGCACAAGGACGUCUUCUUCACGAUCCGCCUGAUCGACAAGAUUUCGGAGAAGAAACUGCCGCCGGAGAUUAACGACCCCGAUGGUUUAAUGGCCAGCGAUCUGAUGGAUAUUCGUGACACCUUCCUGCAGAGGGCUAGGGACGAACACUGGGAGUUCAGCAGUUUGAGGAGAACCAAAUACUCGACGUUGUGCUUGUGCCACGCGCUCCACAGUGAAGGCGAGCAGAAAGAUUUGGGCUACCAGUGCGACAAAUGCAAAGCGACGGCUAGGUGGCAUUGCAAUACUUGCGAGGAUUACGAUCUCUGCGAUGCUUGCAAACAGCAAUACCCUCACGAACAUCCGAUGGAGGCGAUGAACUCACUUGUCGACCAGGGUGGCCGAGACCAAGGAAGCAGCAACAGAUACGAAAGCAUCCAGCGCUGUAUCGCAUCCCUGGUGCACGCCUGCCAGUGCCGAGACGCGAACUGCCGUCGCAUGUCUUGCCACAAGAUGAAGCGCGUCGUCCAGCACACCAAGAUGUGCAAGAAACGCGUCAACUCGGCGUGCCCCGUCUGCAAGCAGUUGAUUGCGCUCUGCUGCUACCACGCGAAGCACUGCCAACGGGAUGGAUGUCAAGUUCCGUUCUGUAUGAACAUCCGGCAGAAGCUCAGCGAGCAGAAGAGGUCGAUGGCUCGUCGUGCCGAGAUGAUGAUGAGGCGUCGUAUGGAGGGACUCCACGCGGCUGUCAUGCCGUCGUCCAGUGCCUCUACUCAACCUCCUUCACAAGCACCGCCCGCUCAACCGCCUAGCGUUCAAGCUCCAGCUUCACAACAAUCCAUGCCCCCAUCAGUCGGCCCGGGAUCUGCGGGUAGUCAACAAAACCCGGCAACUCCAUCAAACCAACACAACAUGAAAGCCCAGCAGAUGUAUCAACAACCCAUGGGCAAUCACAAAGGCCAACAAGGACAACAUCCCAUGAGCGGCCAAAGCCAACAAAUGCAACAGCAGCAGUAUCGCCAGCAACAAGGGAUGAUGUCACAACAAGGACAAUAUCAAGGCCAACAAAUGGGCGGUCAGCAAAUGAUGAAUCAGCAGCAGCGCCAACAGCAACUCCAACAACAGCAGCAACAACAACAGCAACAGCGCCAGCAGCAGAUGAAUAUGCAAUAUAGGCAACAACAACAGCAGCAGCAACAACCGAUGCAAAACAACCAAGGCCAAUAUGGUGCCCCCGGCCAAAUCAUGCCCAACCAACAACCGCCGCAAAAUCAACAACAGGGCAUGAUGGGCCAACAACAAGGGAUGCAAGGUCAACGAAUGCCACCUGGCCCUGGCCCCUCAGCCGGCUCUUCCGGACAACCUCAACAGUCCGACCCGCAGCUGCAGAAAAUCAUGCAGAGGCUGAAAGCUGCUCAGACUCCUGAGGAGAAGGAGGCCCUCUUCACAGAUCUGAAAAAGACGCCCCAUCUUUUCACCGCUUUCUUGAAGAUGAUGAACAACGGCGGCAACGGGCAGAUGGGAGGCAUCCCGAACAGCUGGACUGCCGGUGUCCAACGAUCCCAACACGGCAUGCACAUGCAGGGCAACGGGCCCCCGCAAAUGGGCCAACAACAUAUGCAAGGCCAACAGCAACAACAGCCGCAGCAGUUCUAUUCUCAACAUGAAUAUAUGGGCGGCCAGCAACCCCAGCAACAGCAGCAGCAGCCCGGUCAGCCUGGUCAGCAGCGGGGUGCACCCGGUGGCCAAUACGGCAAUGUACCGCCCCAGCAGCAGCAGUGGCAACAACAACAACAGUUCCAAAACCGGAACCACACUGGCUCGCCAGCCGUACCGCAAUAUGGAAACCAGUAU